GAUGCGCAGCUUCGAUUCCGGAAGAUCAAAGCUGUGGCCCUUGGUUGGCCCAGUCCCCCUGCGAGCCCCCAAGCGAAGCACUGCAGGCCUCUGUUCCUAACGGCCGAUCCGUCCCAAGGAUGGCCUACAUCAGUGACGACUCCCUGGUCCCUUGUGGGCAAGACAGAUACAUCUCAAGAAAUGAGCUGUUGCUACACCUGAAGACGUACAACCUGUACUACGAAGGUCAGAACUUGCAGCUGCGGCACAGGGAGGAAGACGGAGAAUUCAUCGUGGAGGGGCUGCUCAACAUCUCCUGGGGGCUGCGCAGGCCCAUCCGCCUCCAGAUGCAGGACGACCACCAGCGCAUCCGCCCCCCGCCCUCCUCCUCCUCCUGGCACUCCGGCUGCAACCUGGGGGCACACGGGUCUGUCAUAAAACCCACGAACUUACCAGACAUUCAGGUCUCGGACGCAUCAUCCGGCGCUGAUGGUGAUGACAGAGAUCUCAAACCCCAGCAGGAAGAUGUCCCUCAGCUGAUGCGCACACGGAGUGAUGUCGGCGUGCGCCGGAGAGGAAAUCUCCGCACCCCGAGCGAGCAGCGGCGGAUCAGACGCCACCGGUUCUCCAUCAACGGGCAUUUCUACAAUCACAAGACCUCCGUGUUCACUCCGGCGUAUGGCUCCAUCACAAAUGUCCGGAUAAACAGCACCAUGACGACGCCACAGGUCCUGAAGCUGCUGCUCAACAAGUUUAAGAUCGAGAACUCAGCUGAGGAAUUUGCCCUGUACAUUGUUCACACCAGCGGAGAAAAGCAGAAGCUAAAGGCCACGGAUUACCCGCUGGUUGCCCGGAUCCUGCAGGGGCCGUGUGAACAGGUCUGCAAGGUUUUUCUGAUGGAGAAGGACCAGGUGGAAGAGGUCACCUAUGACGUUGCUCAAUACAUUAAAUUUGAAAUGCCUGUCCUGAAAAGCUUCAUCCAGAAACUGAAAGAGGAAGAAGACCGUGAAGUGAAAAAACUGAAGCGCAAGUACUCGGUUCUGCGCCUGAUGAUCGAGCAGCGCUUGGGCGAAAUUGCGGAAGGCCGAGUCACAAUGUAGGCAGACGAUUCUUUGAGGGCUCGGCCACCGCCGGCAUCCGAAGCAGAAGCUGCCCGGAGGAUUCUGGCUUACGUGGCGGAUGUCCUUCCAUGAGCACCGAGCGCUCUUUGCUGGGACGGGGCUUGGAGAGCGAGCCGGCUUUGCCCAAAGGCUUUCCUUUUUCCCGGGGACUGAGGGGAAACUCAGCCGGGGGCCAGUCAAAUACCUCAGCGAGCAGAGCUGCCGUCGUGUUCUCAGCCUGCGCAGAAGCUGCUGGAGGCUCCCGGUUCGCAGCUGCCCCCGGAGACCGGAAUCCCAGGCUAGCGGGAACCCCAGCCUGCUUCCAGCAGCCCGGUCCUUUGAUUUGUUUAGCAGGGUUAACUUGUUGGCCAGAGCUUGUUCCUGUUUUUCCAGCCCGUCAUCUUUGCCUGCAAGGAAGUGGCCUAGUUCUCCCACAAAGGGAGACCAUGGUUUAUUUCACUCGUGAUCAAUCCAUGGUUUGUUGCUUUACCAGGGUCUGUCUGGCAGAUGAUCAGACAAAUGGUGCUGAGCUUCCCCCACAUUCCUGACACUGUUGUGACACUGGCAGCUGCUGUGGGGCACGGAUCCUGCCCUCGCCCUGCUCAGCCUGUGGAAACAACUCUCAGCAAUCUGCAGUUUUAACCUGUGCUUUAAACUAUGCAGCAUUCACAACCCGACAGCAAAGCAUGGAUUCUCUUUCUGGGUUGUUUGUGGCUAAUGCACCAUGGCUUGCUAAUGUGCAUUCAAGACCCCAAACUGUAGGCUAUGGUCACUUGCAAAGCAGGCCACUGGGGCAGCUUGUCCAUGGGGCAUCCUGCCCUCUUGGCAUUUGGGUGUUGGGGCGCAAUAGUAAAGGCCUCGCUGCAGUUCCGAGCCCUGGUUGACUGGCCCCUCCUGCCCCCUGGCCUGGCCUGGCCUGGCCGCUCUUGUGCCCUGCUUCUGUGGGAGCCUUGGACCGACUGACCUCCCUCCCUCCCACCCACCCAU